AUGGAUUGGAAAAAUGUGAGGAAAUUCCAUCUCUUGGGAAGCCUAGAUGAAAAAGUCAAGAGAGACCUCGUAUUGUCCAGCUGUGGAUCCGCCAAUGACGUGUUCAGGCUCCUGGGACAAACAAGUACGGAAAUAAGCCAAAAAUAGUUGCUGCUGAUUGCACAAGAAGUGCAAGGACUUUUCCCAUUAAAGGAAACCAUCCGAGGAAAGACAAUCGAACUUGAUUCAAGCCAUGGAGAGAGCUCUUCGUGA